AUGUCAAACAUUGUAAUUCGCAUACAAUCUCCAGAGCAUGGAACCAAGCGACUGGAUACAAAUACCUCUGAAAACAUGACAGCAUUCCUUGAAAAGGUGCAGAAAUUGUUUGGACUUGGAGAUACCGGUUGGGAACUGUACCAGGAUCGCAAUAAAAAAUCCUUUUUACGGGCAUCUCGUUCUAAAAGGCUGAGUGACCACAAUAUUAAGCAUGGAGACAUGUUGUAUAUGGAGCUCAGCAAAAAGACCAAACAGACAACUUCAGCACCAUCAGUAGCUGACACACCUUCAGUGUCCAGCAUUGAGACCGGUUUGGCAACUCUGGUAUCUGACGUCCAAGAAGAUGAGGUGGAUCGGCUGUUGCGAGAGGAGGAUGGCAAGAUAUAUAGGCAGCGGAAUGAACAGCUGUGCAGACAUGGGCCCCAAGGAAAGUGUCUUCAUUGUGUUCCCCUGGAGCCAUAUGACAAGGAAUUUCUCAACAAAUGUGACCCACCAAUCAAGUUUUUGUCGUAUCAUUCGUAUAUCAGGAAACUGACUGGAGGUGUAGACAAGGGCAAGUUUGUAAAUCUUGAGAAUCUCAGCUGUAAAAUCAAGUCUGGUUGCAAGGAACAUCCUCCAUGGCCUGGCGGAAUUUGUACGAAAUGCCAGCCAAAUGCUGUUACUCUUAAUAGACAGGAGUACAGACAUGUGGACAACAUUAUGUUUGAGAACCCAGCUGUAGCUGACAGAUUUUUGAACUACUGGAGAUAUUCAGGUUGUCAGCGUCUUGGCAUUUUGUUUGGUCGCUACGAAGUCUUUAAAGACGUACCCCUGGGCAUUCGAGCAAGAGUUGCUGCCAUCUAUGAGCCACCUCAGCAAACAACUGUCAACAAAAUUGAGCUGAAGCCAGAUCCGAAGGAAGCAGUUGUAACGGCUGCUGCGGAGAAAAUGGGGCUUCGGCCAGUUGGCUGGAUUUUCACAGACCUUGUUGCUGACGAUCUCUCUAAGGGAACAGUGAAAAACUUCAGGGGCAAUAUUGAUUCUCAUUUUCUGAGUGCAGAAGAGUGCAUUAUGGCGGCAGACUUCCAGAACCGCUUUCCAAAUCCUUGCAGGCUGUCUCCAGAUGGACAUUUUGGAUCCAAAUUUGUUACCGUUGUUGUCACUGGUGACAAUGAUAACCAGAUCCACUUUGAAGGCUACCAGGUUUCCAACCAGUGUAUGGCUCUAGUAAGAGAUGACUGCCUGCUCCCAACAAAAGAUGUGCCUCAGCUGGGUUACAUUAAGGAAUCUAGCAAUGAACAGUAUGUCCCAGAUGUAUUUUACAAGGACAAAGACAACUAUGGCAAUGAAGUAACCCACAUAGCAAGACCCUUGCCUGUAGAAUAUUUGUUGGUCACAAUUCCCGCAGCAUUUGCCUCCGAUUUCCACUACACUUUCAAAUCUAACAUUCAGCUGGAGAGCUUCCCAGUUGAAAACAGGGAACACGUUGGACAAACACAGGACUUUGCUGCGUUGACAAAAUAUCUGGAGAAGUUUCCACCUCAGAAGUUUCUAGAGGCCAUGUCUGAUUUUCACUUGCUGAUGUUUCUUGCCACAUCAGAAAUGCUUCCUCUCAAGGACAAAAUGGACCUUCUCUUUGAAGCUGUGAAGAACCAUGAUGAGCAGAAGGCAAUGGAGUUCAAAAAGACUGAAGAGUGGGCUACAGUUGAGGAAAUGAUGUCUGCACAUGAAUCACCCUCCUUGCCGUCUGCUGCACAUACAGAUGAAGACUCUGGUCAGCCCGGGGGAGCCAUGUGGACCUGUGCUCACUGUACAUUUAUCAACCGGCCAACUCAAGUUGCUUGUGAAAUGUGUUCUUUACCUCAGUCUUAG